AUGACUCGAGGGGUUCUGGGUGGUGGCCGCCGCCGGCCAUCGCUACCCUCGCUCGCGGAGGGGCCGCCGUCCGCCUUCCGCACGGUGUCCGUGGUGCUCCCGUGCGCGGAAGAGCGGGAGCUCGCCAUCAAGACGGCCUCCCGCUUCUGCGAGCGCACGCCAGAGGACUGGCUCGCUGAGAUCGUUAUCGUGGACGACGGCAGCCAGCCGCCGCUCGCAGAGCUCUUCGAGGAGAAGGAGUUCAACAUGGAGAGGUGCAAGAUCAACAUACUGCGGCACGAGGUCACGACCGGGCUCAUGAACGCCAAGCAGACUGGCGGCAGAAACGCGAGGGGAGACGUGGUCGCUUUCUUCGACUGCCACGUCUCGCCGAAGCCCGGCUGGGCUGACGAGAUCCUCGCCAAGAUAAGACAGAAUCCUCGCCGGAUGGUGGUCCCUGCGAUCACGGAUCUGAGCUUGGACACCUUCGACGAGAAGGAGAACAGCGCCGUGAACGCCAAGUGCUACCUCACGUGGGACGCAGACUUCAAAUGGUUCGAUGACGAGUCGGACUACAUUCCCACGAUCAGUGGCGGACUGGUUGCCAUGUCCCGAUGGUGGUUUAAUGUCACUGGCGGCUUCGACGACAUAAUGAGAGGCUGGGGAGGCGAGAAUCUCGACCAGUCCCUGCGCAGCUGGCUGUGCGGUGGGGAGAUCAUGCGGGCCAAGACGAGCAGGGUUGCUCACAUGUGGCGCACCGACGACUCUCGCACUCGGGCGCAUUAUCAUAGCGCAAUCAGCCACGUCGACAACCAAGCGCGCGUGGUUGCUGCGUGGUACGACGUCUUCGCGGAGAAGUAUCCUGGCAGGAAGAUCCAGCAGGCCGAGGUCAAGAACUAUGAACCGGUGAAGCAGGCGCUGGGAUGCAAGCCGUUCGCGUUCUUCCUCUGGCGGUUCCGCCACAUCUACGUCGACGCGGGCGUCAUCCCGGAGAAGAUUUUCCACUUCAGGGAAAUGCAGACCGGCCUGUGCCUUAACUUCGGUGGCGGUGUCUUGGCGUUGGAAAAGUGCGAUCGGAGCAAUAGCGACCAGGUGGUCCAGCUCGGAAACCGAGACCUCGAGGAGAAGGGGGGCAAGUGCUGCUCUGGAAUCCGCCUGUUCGGGACCAACGAUUGCUUGGACUACGUGGAGGACGGGGUUCCGCGGCCGUACUCCUGCGACGUGACCGGCAGGAACACCAACCAGCACUACCGUUGGCGGCCAGACGGGACCAUCCAGAAGGGGCUGGGCAAUGGCAAGAGGUGCUUCGGCAAGCCCGAGGCGGGCCUGUUGUCGCAGCGGGUGACCGUAGGCCCGUGCGGCCCCGCGGCUGCGGGGCAGUACGAGAUGUGGGGCGGCAGGAUUCCCCGCGAGCGCGAGCUCUACGAGUCCGAGGUCCGGCGGCUCGGCUACGACGAGCUCGACCUACCGGACAACUGA